CUUCUGAGUACUAGGCUUUUUAAGAAAUUUGUAGGUACUCCUCGUUGUUUAAGUGCUUCGAAGUCUUUCAAUCUUCCAGCGCAAGCAGAAAAAGGGAUGAGUCCGUGACACUAGAACGACUUUGAUGAACACUUUUGGUCUUCGCUUUUCAACGACUUGAUCUGAGGGUAGACAUAUCUCUUUGAUCUGCAUCUGUGUGUUGCGCGAGCACUGGCUCCAAAUUAAUAUACGACGACAUUGCUCGACGUCUUGUCAUUUUCCCCAUUACUUCUGCUGGAACUUUUACUUUUACUUUUCAGAAACAGAGGACCACCCAUUAAUAUGGCGGCCGCAAGCACCAGUAGUAGUAGCGCGCCUACACGCAGCAACGCCGCCGAAAUGGAGGACAUUGCGAACGGAACUAGGCAAGAUGGUGCUCCUCGCGAACCCACCGUGCCAGAUUUGCUGAUCAGUUACAAGGGGAAAUACCAGGAUUGGAUCGACAAAGUCAAGGAGGUCUCCUACAGAAAUAUGGAGAUCAGCUGCGCUACUAGAGUUCUGGAUGCGCAGGUAAGUGCGUAACAAGUAUGGCAAUUAGAUGCUGAGUCCAUGAUAGCGCUAAAUGCUUGUUGCGCUGGUCUGAUCCAGGUGCUGAUGAUCAGUGCCGGCCGUUGGUUCUGAAAUAACGGAGCCGCUCUCCACUUGUUUCGCAGUGGCGACGGUGAGGUCGUGAGCAGUAGUCUUUUUUUCUACAUGAAAAACCACACUCGUCGCAUGGUCAGUCCAUUGCCGGAGUAUUAAAAUGAAAACUAAGAAAACAAUAUAACAGAUCAAUCUCUGGCAGUUUUUUGCCACUCGGCCAGUUGCGCGCGAGCGAAAGAAGUCCCUACCAGGUGACGUGCGUCGGGUUAUCCGUGCCUUUCUUGGGCAAGCAGGUCCGAGUGAGACCACUGGCGCACUGGGAGCCGAAGUCGCGACGGAGACAGCUCGAGCAACUGACCGGUUGCGUGCUAUCCAGUACUAUGAAGGGCUCAUCCUUGCCGCAGCGCGGAGGGGCGCAGAAGAGUUCAUCAUCACAGAGGAAAUCGCUGAGGCGGCGCCCGUAGACAAGGAAGGCGAUUCGAUCGAUCCCCAGAUCGUCGCGUGUUAUUUGGAUCGAAAAGGUUACAAAGCUCUAGACGCAGAAGGCAACGAGAUAUCGACGGAGAAGAUAAGUCGCUUUCGAAAUGUUGACAUGCCCCUGCCGUACACUGUUUCAUGGGAAGCAGGUUUCUAUUGCGGACCCUGGGCUUGCACGGAGGACCAACUGGACUACAUUGACGCCGUUCGCGAAGGAAAACCGAUAGUCGGUUGGAGACACGCCGAUGCCUCGAGCAAGGAUUGGAAGCAGUCUGCUGAAAUAGAAAGUUUGUCAUCGUUUGAAAAAUGUUUCAUAAAGGCAAUAGAAACGGCGGCCGCAAAAGCGCAUAAAGCCAUCUGCGAUCUCGCUUUGAAGACUUUUUCGGAAGGUAAAGGAGAGUGUGUUGUUGAUGAGGAAGUCUGGGAAACGGUGUCGUCCGAAUGUCUCCUUUCCGAACAGAGACGCCCGCCACUCUUUAAACGCGACGUCAAGCGUUUUGCGCUUACCAACAAGGACAAAUUUGCCGACCUUGUUCCGAGCGUAGCGGAGCGACUAAGCAGCAAGACGCCAGGCCUGCUGGCUUUGUUUCAGGAACAGGAACGGGACCCUAAUCUAGAAGAGGCAGCUUGGAUCCGUUUACGUCAGCGCGGAGAAGUUGAGCCGCGUCUUCCAAUUCGCCUCCGACCGCGCUUGGACUCUUCGUCAGCAUUGCGCGACGCAACUUUGCACGGGGGCAUGCGGAACCGUAUCUAGAACUAGAAGUAGAAAAAUGUUGCCAAGUAGCGUAGGGGUACAGCAGAGGUGAGGCAGGUUCAUCUCUGUCUCUGAUGUGAGCGGUGGCAUCGCAUGAAAGAAAAAGGACGAUGACGACAUCAAAGACGAUAUAACAACCGCGAAUAGACGUAAAUGCGGCACGAAUUAUGCCGGCUCCUACUAAUAACAUGCCAGCUAUUAAUAUUCUCACGAUGGACCGGGGGGCUGAGAUUCUCUCUUCAUCGACUGAUCCGCCUGCAAACGAUUCAAAGAAACGACCGUGUACAGACGCACAUGGAGGACGCAUGUGUUCCAGCUGAGCAGUUAUCUUCUUUUAAAUGUUCUUG